AAUUAGCAAUGAAGGUCAAAUGUUUUGUGACCAUACAAGGUCAAUCUGUUUCCGAGGAGAUACGACUUUUUAAGGUGGACCCCAGCUCGGAAACUCCUUAUGAUGAUCUGUUGGCGAAACUGAUCGACUGCUACAAGAACGAUACAUGUGAGUUCAGCAUGAGCUGGAAGGAUGAUGAAGGUGACGAUAUUGUGGUGAGCAGUAACGGUGAACUACUAGCUGCUCUGGAGGAGUGUCCAGGAGCUCCUAACUCCACUCUCAAGAUGAGCAUCAAAGUGACGGUUAGUAAAGCUAAGGUGUUCGGAGGUCACUGCAACAAAAUGAGGAAGAAGAAAGGUAAGACUGGAGGAAGUAUGCUGCUCCCCAACUGGGAGAACCCUGGCAUGACCCACCCUGGAGUCACAUGUGAUGGUUGUGAGGGACCCGUCAUGGGACCUCGGUGGAAGUGCUCUGUCUGUCCUGACUUUGAUUUGUGUAAACCCUGCAAACGAAAAGGCAUCCACUCCGAGCAUAUCUUCGUCAAGAUUCCUUUCCGGCUAAGAAAUUGGAGACAGUGUGGCACUAUGAAUCCUAUGAUGAUGCCAAUCCACUUCCCAAGUGCUGUCCUUGAAUUGGAGCUGAAAGAUGACUCAGUGACGGAUAAACAAAGAAUUGAACUGGAGGAGCUGCAAAUACAAACUGCAGACAUGUACAUCUCAGAUAACUUGAUCGGAGAACAAUUCUAUGAAUCUAACCACUCUUUGAGCACUGAGCUCUCCGAGAAGACCAUGCCUGAGGAAGACGAAACUACCGGCCCCCCAAAUGAGACUCCUGCUGCUGAGGUUGUCGUGGAAGAAGAGAUGGUUUUUGAAGAGAUAGCUACUGAGGAGGAGCCCGUGACUAAGAGUGUGUACUCUGAGUCUGUACACAUUCCUGAUGACGAUGGAAUCAGAGUUACCGGCAGUGACGAAGGAGACUUUGUUUUACUCAACCCUAAUGACCAUGUUGAUGUUCCAGACAUGACUGAGGAUUCCCAGACUGAGACAUACGAAAAUGUCUACAACGUGACACCUUCAGCCGUUUACCCUACUCUAGAGGAAGAUGCUGCUCCUGCUCCUCCAGCUGCUGCUCCCAUCCUCCCUCCUCCUCUGACACCCACUCCUGCUCCUGCUGCUACCCGUGGACGUGGUGCUGGAAGAGCUCCUUCUAACCGUGCUCCUUUCUCUCCCCCUCCUUCCGCUCCUGUGUCCCGUAAUCCCAUUACUUCUCUUUCUCUGCCUCCCCAUAUCCACGCUGCCCUGUCAUGCAUGCUGGAGAUGGGAUACACUAACAGCGGAGAAUGGCUCGCUAAACUUCUCCACAACAAGAACGGAGACAUCAACAUGGUCAUUGACAUCCUCAACUCCAGGAUGUCCCGUUAGGACAUCCUGCAAACGAGUCUGUCAGUAGCAAUAGUGGACAAUUAUUGUAUGGUGCAAUUGCAUGGUAUUGGUAAAACUGCGCUAAUGUGGACGCUUAUUUCGUGUUAAAACUGCGCUUAUGGACGCGAAUUUUGUUAUUAAACAGUGACUAUAACCACUGAGUUUUAAUUCGGUGAUACAAGUUUGCUGAUUAAUUCUUAAAUCCUGUGAUUUUUGACGUAGCUCUUUAUCAUUUGAGUCUUCUUUAAAACCAAAAGCUUGUGAUUGUAUACGUUUGUGUUUUCAAAAUAAAUCUUAUAGAUCAGAAUUUGCUGAACUUAUUAAUAACUUAUUCAGUCACUUAGCGAUCAUAUUUUUAAAUGUUUUAAAGAAUAAUAAAAAACACUCUGAUCGUGCAUUUACAUACCAGCUGUUACUGUUAAAUUUACUGUAUAUUCUUCUAUCUGUUUGUAGUUUUUAGAUGAUUUAAAGGAUAUCAAAAUAAUGUGAAGCACUCAAUUCAAGAGCAGAAAAUCCCGUACCGAAAUAGAACGGAACUAGAUUUGAACUUUUAAAUCAGUGGCGACAACAUAUUAUUGAAAUUUUAAAAUCAUUUAAUUUCAGGCAAAAUAUUUGCUUGAAGUUGCACUAAAACGUUUUCUGCUUGUAUUAUUAAGAGAUGUUAGUAUCCCUAAAAUAAAAUGUUUUUCAUUUUCUCAA